GUUAACGUUUACCACUUACAGCACUUCCCGAUGUGAAAACAUACGGAUUAUGAACCUGAAUAAACCCUUUGGUAUACACUUUUGGACUCGACGGGAAGAUGCCAUUUUGAGGGAACACUAGUGGAAUUUCGUCUCGCUUGACAGAACUUUGUAAUUUCUGAGGAUGCCGGUUUUGCAACGGGAACCAUCAAAAAACGCAGGAGAUCCCAGUGGCCUGCCAAAGCUCCCGGUUCCCCCGCUGCAGCAAACACUGGACAUGUAUCUGAAGUGUAUGAGUCACCUCAUACCAGAGGAUCAAUUAAGAAACACCAAAACAAUUGUGAAGAAAUUUGGAGCACCUGGCGGGGUGGGGGAAAUGCUUGAGAGGAAACUAUUGGAAAGAAGGGAUCUUACAGAUAAUUGGGUAUAUGACUACUGGCUUGAAGAUAUGUAUUUGAAUAACAGGUUAGCACUACCUGUCAACUCCAGUCCUGUAAUGGUCUUUCCCAAGCAGACAUUUAAUUGCCAAAGUGAUGUCCUCAGAUAUGCCGCUAAACUCAUCUCUGGUGUAUUAGAGUAUAAAUCUCUCAUUGAGACACAUAGCCUCCCUGUGGAAGAGGGUCGUGGGCAGCAGGCUGGGACGCCCCUUUGUAUGGAUCAAUACUACAAGGUCUUCUCCUCAUACCGUCUGCCUGGGCCAAAGACUGACACUUUAGUGGCUCAGAGGAGUACUGUAAUGCCCGAGCCAGAACAUAUCAUUGUGGCUUGUAAGAAUCAGUUAUUUGUUCUUGACGUGGUGAUAAACUUCCGCCAGUUAAAUGAAAAAGACCUUUACACUCAGCUGAAGCGAAUCAGAGAGAUGGCGGACUGCGAGGAGGAGCGUCUGCCUCCCAUUGGUCUGCUCACAUCAGACGGCCGAACGCAGUGGGCCGAGGCUCGCAGCGUACUGAUCAAAGAUUCUACUAACAGGGACUCUCUAGACAUGAUUGAGCGCUGUCUGUGUCUGGUGUGUUUGGAUGACCCGUCUGGCGUUGAUCUGACUGACACGAGCCGUGCUUCACUGAUGCUCCACGGAGGAGGAAAGGAUAAGAACGGGGGAAACCGCUGGUACGACAAACCCAUGCAGUUUGUAAUAGGUGCAGAUGGAUGCUGUGGGGUUGUCUGCGAACACUCCCCAUUCGAGGGAAUAGUGCUCGUGCAAUGUACAGAAUAUCUACUAAGAUACAUGAGAGGCAGUCCUUCUAAACUGGUGAGGGCGGCCAGCAUGAGUGAGCUUCCAGCCCCUAGACGACUGCGCUGGAAAUGCUCACCAGAAAUCCAUACCUUCCUCACGGCCUCGACAGGCAGAUUACAAAAGCUUGUUCAAAAUUUGGAUAUGAAUGUCAACAAAUUCACCGGCUAUGGCAAAGAGUUUAUCAAGAGACAGAAGAUGAGCCCUGAUGCGUACAUUCAAGUUGCCCUGCAGUUAACAUUCUACAGAUGUCAUAGACGUAUAGUGCCCACCUAUGAAAGUGCAUCAAUACGCCGUUUUCAAGAGGGACGAGUCGACAACAUCCGCUCUGCCACACCUGAGGCCUUAGCGUUUGUUAAAGCUAUGACUGAGAGGUCCAACAUCACUGAUGCUGAGAAAAUGGAGAAGUUUCGUACUGCUGUUACGGCCCAGACAAAUUAUACAAUAUUGGCAGUCAAAGGUAUGGCAAUAGACAAUCACUUGCUGGGUCUGCGAGAGGUUUCCAAGGAGCUGAAUGUGGAGAUGCCAGAGCUGUUUACUGAUCCGACCUAUCUAACCAGCAUCCAGUUCACCCUUUCCACAAGCCAGGUCCCAACCACUGAGGAGAUGUUCUGCUGCUAUGGUCCAGUUGUCCCUAAUGGCUACGGAGCCUGCUACAACCCUCAAACGGACCACAUCAUCUUCUGUGUGUCAAGCUUCCGUGACUGUGCAGAGACCAGCUCAGAGUUGUUUGUGAAGACUCUUGAGGGGUGCCUGAAAGAAGUGCAAGAUCUAUGCAGAAAAUGCAACAUUCAAGCAGACUCCGCAGAAAGGAUGGGAGGAACUCCCAAGAAGACGGCAAAGAAAUCAUAGCAAGAAACAGGAACCUCACUGGCUCACCAUAUUGAGAGUUACUGACCAGUCUGAAGUGUUAAGAAUGGAGUCAAACAAGCUAUGGGUUUGAUAAAGAAUCAUACAGUAGAUAUGCAUAUUUUCGGUUAUAAUGGUACAUGGUUUAGAAGUGUAAAUGAAAAGUAAGAUUGUAAAUUUAAAUGAAUUUACUGCCGGUGUGAAGAACAACAUUGUGCAAUUGGAGGAGAACAAAUAUAGACGCUAGAGAAACAAUACGUUUAAACGGCAACAGUAACAUUAAUAUAGCAUAUACUGUAAAUAUUAAUGAGAUAAUAUAUUAUAGCUAAUAAGUCCAAAGACUCCAGUAGUCAAAUAGAGCAGAUCAAUAUAUAGAUUAGUUCAAAUGUUUAUUAAUAUUGCACAUUUCAUGCUUAGUGGUAAUUUAAUGUACUUUCUGCAUUUAAAAGAUCAAGAAAUGGACAUAAGAAAAUAGGCCAUAAGGCUAAAUAAUAUAAAAGUAAUACAAAUAAGAAAAGGAAAUUGUAUUUAUUUAUUUUUAAAUAAUUGAAAUAAAUGAUAUGAAAUAUCACAUUUUGGGUGGGGUGAUGUGCUCAGGGUUUCCUUCAGUUCUAAUUAUAAGAAUAAGCUGCAACAGAACUGGAGCAGAAGCUGCUGUUUAACUUUGUUCUUGUGAGUCUCAAUAUUAUAUUGCAGAGUUUACUUUAAUAUAAUAAUGUAUAUAUUUAGGAAAAAUAUUGCAAAAUAAAUGUAUUUUGAGCCUGUAGUAUACAAACAAUACUAGAAAACUACAAUGGUGUAUACUGUAUCGUAUUAUAGUUUUAAAGUGUGCUAUGAUGUGUGUUCUAUCAAUUUAAUUCUCAAACUGUCAAAAAACAGGGGCUGAGGGCUUGAAAAUAAGCUAGUGAAAGAAAUGGGCCUUAAUAUUUAAAGAAUAUGGCCCAUAGUGAAUCAGUAAUGCAUGACAUUGUGUGUAGUUCCAUUUUGUGGAAUUGUCUUAAUUUCUAAUGCAAUAAUACUAAAAGGGAUUCUAAUAAUUAAUGCAAUAGUAGUAGCUGUGGGGCAAGAUAAUUCAAUUCAUUUACGAUGAGGUUACAAAACAGCAAAACUGAUAAGCAUUUUAAAAAAUACAAUCAGCAUUGUGAUACAAUGAUUGAAUAUUCAGAAAUGUCCUGCACAGUGUAUGUAAACAUUAAUGUGUUCAAAUUUAAAUGUACUUAAAUUUAAGAAACUAUACCUGAUGCCUAAUGAACUGUAUAUAGUUAAAAAAAAGAACAGUAUUUUUAAAUGCAUUUAAUUUCUAGAUUCUGUAGGUUGACAGUUGCGGUAUAUAAGAAAAUAUAAGAAGUAUAUUGUCUUAAACAUAUAAGCCAUUGUAUUUUAGCACUUUACAACUAGCUGAUUCAAAUAUAUAUUGUAUUAAAAAAAUCUUAAAACAGUCAAUCGUGCUACAUACACUAGAUUGUACUGAGAAAAUUCCAUAAAUAUGUAGAGAAAUUAUAGCCUUAGUGCAAGUAUUAGUAAUGGGAUAUGUCCGUUGUGCACAUUGUUCUCAGUAUGUGAAAUCUAAACUGAAUGUUUUCUGU